AUGCUAUCUAUCUAUCUAUCUAUCUAUCUAUCUAUCUAUCUAUCUAUCUAUCUAUUUCAGCCUGUUCUUUGUUUAUCACAAUCUUCUCUUUAUCUAUCUAUCUCAGCCUGUUCUUUGUUUAUCAAAAUCUUCUCUUUACAUAUCUAUCUCAGCCUGUUCUUUGUUUAUCACAAUCUAUCUAUCUAUCUAUCUAUCUAUCUAUCUAUCUCAGCCUGUUCUUUGUUUAGCAUAAUCUUCUCUUUUCCUAUCUAUCUCAUCCUGUUCUUUGUUUAUCACAAUAUUCUCUUUAUCUAUCUAUCUAUCUAUCUAUCUAUCUAUCUAUCCCAGCCUACACGUGCAUUCUUUCUUUUUUCCCUCUUUCUUUUUUUCUCUCUUAUUCUUUCACUCAUUCUCUCUCUCUCUCACACACAGAUUCUCUCUCUCACUCAUUCUCUCUUUCAUUCUCUCUCUCUCACUCAUUCUCUCUCUUUCAUUCUCUCUCUCACUCAUUCUCUCUCUCACUCACUCAUUCUCUCUCUCACUCAUUCUUUCACUCACUCAUUCUCUCUCUCACUCAUUCUCUCCCUCUCACAGUCAUUCUCUCUCUUUCAUUCUCUCUCUCACUCAUUCUCUCUCUCUCAUAGUCAUUCUCUCUCUUUCAUUCUCUCUCUCACUCACUCAUUCUCUCUCUCUCAAUCAUUCUCUCUCUCUCACACCCAUUCUCUCUCUCACUCAUUCUCUCUCUCUCACACACAUUCUCUCUCUCUCAUUCUCUCUCUCUCUCACUCAUUCUCUCUUUCUCUCACUCAUUCUCUCUCUUAUAAAACACGUAUAUAA